CAACGCGCCUUCAGUGGAAAGUUGGACUCGGUGGGGGCAGUACACACACUUGACAAGGCUUUCGUAGGAGUGUGGGGCGUUUCCGGGGGUAGCUUUAAGACCCUGGUGAUAGUGUGACCUUUCUCCUGUAUUGUGAACGUAAAAAAGCACUCGUGUGAACCAGACUGACCUUGACCCGAGAUGAUUGAUUGGAAGGCACCAGAUGGGCUAAGAAUACCAACCUGUACACACCUCCACAGCACACACGUGGGCCUCUACUCGUGUGUACUCUCUGCCCUUAGCUUGUGUGCAGUCUGUGACCUGUUAAAGUGUUAAUGUGCCGUUGGUGAGCUGGCGAGGUCUGGGUCUUUGCAACGGCUGUGGGAGUAAGCAGAGGAGAGGAAGCAGAAGAGAGGACCGGAAAAAACGUGGUGUAAAGACCUAAGAAGUGAUACAAAGCGUCAAAGAUAUAGAGAAGGAAGAGAAGGUGUACAGAAAAAUAAGGAGGGAAGAGUGAACCGGAAUUAUAUGCUGUGGAGGAAGUUAGGUUCAGCUUCCCACCUCACAUCCACAGCCGCCCAGCACACUGAGAAGCCUUACUUUACAUCACACGAUUGGUUUCAAUGGCUAAACGGAGCCCCUUCCACAAGACAAACAUUAGGGGAAGUUGGAGCCCGGCUUUCACAGUCCUCGCCAAGCACACCCUUCAUGCUUAGUCCCCUGAAUGAAGAGCAGACAAGGACGAUUUCUGAGCAGCAGCUGGAGGAGUUUCAAGUGUUACUGUGGCACCCGAUUAAAGCCUGGCUGGACACCCAGGUCUUCCGGACAAGUCUUCACAUCUGUUCAAGUCGAAGUAUUUUUUUUGGUGACUGAGUGACAAAAACUGACAGAUGAUUGAUUGAUGGAUAUAUUACCCUUUUAAUUUUUGAGUAAAGUUCCUUAAAUGGUUCUGUGCCAAAGAAAUCCUGUAUCAGCAAUAAGCAGUGUUUCUAUUAGAUCUACAUGAUCCCUUAGAGAAGUAUUGAAAUUCAUCAAAACAAACUUGGAUAUAUUAGUGUCAUAUGAAUAUUAGAUGCUUUGCUAAUCCACCUGCUAAAGACAAAACUUGUAUUAUCAUUGCUAUUGUAAAUACCAGUAAAGCCAAACAUUCUGGAAGUCAUGAUGGAAAUGACAACUCAGCCCUAUUAUUCAAAAUCAGUGGCCAAAUGCAACCUUGAAAGGAAGGACGGUGUAGAGGUGAAUAGUAAAACAAGUUCCAGCAUAACACACCAAGAAGAAAAAGCUGCGAGGUCCUUAGAGAGAGACGUGAUGGUGGAGAGAGUCAGCAGCACCACAGAACACCACUCGUGGAGAACCUCACAGAAGCAGCAGAGGGCAGAAAUGAGUAGCUCAACAGAAAUGAUGUUGGGGGCCAAAACUCUGUCAAAGAAACGACCACGAGAAGAAAAAGAUAAGCAUUCAGGAACCCCUUGCAAAGAGGAGACCCAGCAUAGAUCACAUAAGUCAAAACAUCAAUCAUCAUCACGUGGUAGAGAGAAGAGUGUCAGGAGAGAACAUAGUAGGUCCAAGUCCAUAUCCAGGAGGAAUGAGACACUGCAAUACAGCACAUCCUCAAAAAGACACUCUGAAAGGGAAGCAAAAGGUGCUGACCCAGAAGUGUCCUCGUCCUCACUGGUCCUAGUACUGCAUGGGCGUGCCGUCCCACCUCCACCACGGAUUGGUCCCUUGUCAGGCCGUGAUGAUAGAAAGCACAACUCAUUGCCUCAUACAGAAAAAGAGAGAUCUUCCAAGCCUCAUGUUGGAAAAGAUGACAAAUACAAGGACAAAAGCAAGCAAAACCACUACAAAGAAAGAGACAAAGAAACAAGGCAUAAGGAUAAAAGGACUGACACUUCACCUCAUUUCAGUGGUAGUAAGAAAUCCACCAUUUAUGAGAGAAUGGUGGAGCUGCAAGUCAGGGAAAUAAGAAAUAACUUGGAGAAAAUAAGCAGGGAAGUACUAGAGACAAGGGAGGAACCCACAUCAAAAUCUGUACAUUCAGAAUCAAGACAUGAAAAAUAUAGAGAGCUCAGGGAGGGUCAAGACACCCAAGAUACCCUAGUAGGUCCUUUUCUCCCCUCAUCACGAUGCUGUUCACCUCCUCCUCGCCCGACUGAAAUAACAAAGUAUUGGUCGGAUGCAGAUGAAACAGAAGAUGAGAGUGACACGGAGAAACAUAUGAUGCAUGUCAACUCUGUCAAUAUUGUGCUUAAUUACAUGAAAGCACAUUCAGACAAAUACUAUGAGAAAGGGAGAGAGCCAGUCAGCCAAAAUAAGGAUGGUGAGACUGUGAAGCCGAAAGGUAGCAUUAAGGAAAGAUUGACCUUCUUGUCUCAAUCUAGCUCACCAUGGAGAGGGUCCAAGGGAGAGCAUGUCAAGAAGCAAGGUAACUUUGACAGAGGAAGGAAAAUGCACUCCAGACAUCCAGCCAAACAGCGGCAUGCAGGCCCCUUUGUGCAAGAAAAUGUGUCACCUACCAGAGAACAGUAUGACUGUCACUCAAGGUUAGGUUCUUCUUCGACUGAAUUAUCUACUGUCGUCCUUGACCUCCUUGCUUCCCUGAGUGAUCAACAAUCCAGGCUUCCCUCAAGAUUCGCACAACAACAACGCAGAAGUUCACAUUCGCCACUCCAACUUGGAGAAGGCAGAAGCAGUCAGCUACAUUCUACCCAUAGAGAUGGAGAGUCAUAUUCACCAAGGUAUGAACGAAGGUCCUUAAGGAGAGAGUCAUGCUCUCCCUUGAGGCAGAAAAGUGAUUCUUUGAGAAACAGAGGGUCUCACUCUCCCUCCAGGUACAGAGAUGAUCGUGGGAGAAACAGACUGUCUCACUCUCCCUCCAGGUACAGAGAUGAUCGUGGGAGAAACAGACAGUCUCCCUCUCCCUCCAGGUACAGAGAUGAUCGUGGGAGAAACAGACUGUCUCACUCUCCCUCCAGGUGCAGAGAUGACUUUGUGAGGGACAGAGAGUCGCACUCUCCGUCCAGGCACAGAGGUGACCCUUUGAGGAAUAGAGGGUCACGCUCUCCGUCCAGGAACAGAGGUGACUCUUUAAGGAACAGAGCGUCACACUCUCCUGGUUUCAGAAGGAACUUCUUGGGAGACAAUGAGUCUCCCUCUCCUUCCAGGCACAGAGGUGAUUCUUUGAGGGACAUAGAGUCACACACUCCCAGGUUUGGAGGUAACACUUUGAGGGACAGAGAGUCACACACACCAGGGUACAGAGGUGACUCUCGUGGAGGCAGAAAGUCACACUCUCCUUCCAGUUUCAGAAGUGACUUUUUGAGAGACAAUGAAUCUCACACUACUUCCAGGUACAGAGGUGACUCUUUGAGGGACAGAGAAUCACACACUCCUGGGUACAGAGGUGACUCUUUGAGGGACAAAGAGUCACACACUCCUGGGUACAGAGGUGACUCUUUGAGGGACAAAGAGUCGCACACUCCUGGGUACAGAGGUGACUCUUUGAGGGACAAAGAGUCACACACUCCUCUGUACAGAGGUGACUCUUUGAGGGACAGAGAGUCACACACUCCCAGGUACAUAAGUGACUUUUUGAGGGAGAAAAGGCUGCAAAAUGUGAGCUUUAUAAGAGAAAAAGAGACACUUGUUUUGAGUGACAGAGAAUUUUAUCCCUCAGUGUCUGAGAGGCCUCCUUUACGAACAUCUCCAGAGUUGCAGCUAUCACAUGCACAAUUGAGGGAGCCACAUUUUAGUCAUGAACUAAGCCAGAGGAACCAUUCUAGGUCCCCAAGUUCUAGAAACCAUUGUAGAACACAGCAGAAUAACGAGAAAAAUGCUAUUGGAAACAGUGAUUACUUUUUUAAUCCUGCUGUGGAGGAUGAUGAGGAUUGCCUGGAAGACAGUAAGCCUUGCCCUGAAAAGGAUCAAAUGCAGAAAGGAGAGGGGCAGUUUACAGAGAGCGGUAGUUUGAGCUGCAAUUCAAUAAAAGGCACCAACACCUCAGCUCCUGUAGCUGCAGCACAUGUUAAUGACCCCAAGCUACCUGAUGAUGUUAUAAAGUCCCAACUUUGUGAUUCAAACAACCAAAGAAACUUUACCCCAAGGUCACAGACACAAAUUUUUGCAGUAGGUAGUGAGCCCACCAUUGGCCAGCCAGAGGACUUCUACCUUGAGGAAUCAAGUACUAACUCCAGGUAUCAUCAACCUUCCUUUGUGCCCAAUACUAAUGGGAGGCAGUUACUGACUGGCCAAACUGAGCUCAAUGAGCCAAAUUUACCUGGACCUUCUGGAGUAUCAAGUGCAGCUUCCAGUGGCAUAAGAGAUGUGAAUGAUCCCCCAUACUGGUUGAGUGACUCUGACCAUGACUCUGAUUUAGAGGAUUUUGAUAAUUGUCUGUCUGAAGUUAGCACACUCAUUGCAGACCAUGAAGCUGCUACUUCUGACAAGACCCCAUCAAAUGCAGGAAGUGUAGUGACUGUACCAAUAGAACAUGAAGCUGUAACCACACAGAGUGCCAGACAAGAACAAGAGAAAGAAUGUUUGACACUCAACUCUGCAGAGAUGACUACUCUUUUGAGCCUGAUAGAGAUUGCAAAACAACAUACCGCAACUGGAGAUGACCUCUCCAACAACCUGCCGAGAAUUCUGGAUAAGAUUCGUAAAACCACCACCAUCAGCAAAAAUGAUUCAGAGACAUCAGGAGGCCAAAAUGGAGACAAAAAGAAGAGGCCUAACAUGCCUCAGGGUAGUGGUGGUAUGCAAGACAGCACAAUGGAUGCAGGAAGUAGCAGAGGCACCAGUUCUGGUGGCAAUGUUAAGAAUGUUAAGAGUAAUAACAUCCAGAGAGGUAAUAAAGGUGCUGCACCCUCAUGUAAUGAAGCUACAAAGCAACUCUCUAAGGACAAAAUCUCUAAAAAAUAUGCAGUUAAGAAACUUUCAGGAACUAAAGAUAGCAAAUCACAACAAAGGAAAGAUACUCUUCAAGCUGGAAAGGGCAAGGGUAAGCCCUCAGCAGGUGAAAAACAGUUAAAAGCUGAAGGCAACAGCCAACUCCAACAAAAGAAAAGUAAACUUCAGGAGAAAAAGGCCAAUGAUAACCCAUCAGUUGGAAAAACUCAGGUGCAAUCUUGGAAGAAAAAGGCAAGUGAUAUACCACUACAAGAGAAUGAAAUAAAUAAAGAGAAGCCAUUGAAGAACAAAGGGAUAGUGAGUAGAAAAAAAUCAGAAUGCAAGAAUCACAGUGGAAGAGGGGCUACAGAUAAUAUAAGUUCAGUAAUUGAAAAAACCUUUGCAAACAUGCAGUGUGUCAGAAUAUAUGUAGGGGACCUUCCAGCCUCUACAGAAAGUGUUGCAAAAAGUAACACCUCAUUGAAAAGUCCAAAAAAGAGACCAUUCAAGCAAUUGGAUGAGAAACUCCUUGUUAAAUAUGAUUUCGAUUCCAUUAAUGCUUCUGAGUCUCCUGAAGCCAAAGAAAGCAAAGAUACACUGCUGCCUCCUGAUGAUUCACCACAAACUGUACAUCCACUCCAUCAAGAGACCAUUGUCCUUGAUCACUCUGUGGACAUAUGUCUUGCCUGCAAACACAAGCUUGUGCCUGACGAGUAUACAAGUAUCUCCCUCAGCACAGGGACUGUCACUAUGAGAUGCAGAAUCUGUUGUACCUUUAUGAAAAUGGAGAAAGUUAUGCCACAGGGCUACUUUGAGAAUACAUCUGAUUUGAAAACAAAAACUUUACAGAAAAAGUCAACUUGCAGCAUAACUUCUGAGGUCAAGAAAACUCUUCAUUCUUCCAAAGGAAUACAGAAGACAAUAAAUAAGGAAAAAAAUGUCACUCCAACUUCCACAAAAAGGAUAGAAAAGAUGACUAAGUCAGUAAGCAAUAAGUUUAUUCCCAAAAUUACAUCAACCUCCAAAGUUUUGCAAGACAAAGAAGGAAAAAAAUUAAAAACAUUAACCAAUGAAAAUAAGACAAGUACAUCUGCAAGUAAAAGUAAAGCCAGCAUAUCAAGAGAAGAUAAAGAAGAAUCGUCAAGUAAUUUUGACUCCAUUGAUCCCAGCCUUCAAGUGUUCCCAUGGAGCUCAAAUAGGAAGCGGAAGAAAGUACACGAGGAUCUCAAACUUAGUGAUGACUCAUCUGAUAGUGUAGAGGAUGUUAUUAAACCGAUACGCAAGAGACCGACCAAGAGAAAAAGGAUCAUUAAAAGUCCAUUCAAUUCUGAGGACGAGGAUGAUACUUCCAGACUAGCAAACUAGCCCACCAAACCUGUAACUUUCAGCACAGCCACAAAAUCAAACAGAGCCAUCAAACCUUGUGCAGCCCCUAAAAGAACUCAAAACCUUGAUGUACACAACAUUCAUCAACAAUAAUCACUGUUAUCACCUUUGCCCCCAAAUCAAGCUCUGACACCACAUUAAAUUUUGCCGCUUGAGGAAUAUGUAAGCAAAAUUAUAUGAGAAAAAAUACCAAUGCAAGGUCCUCACCCUGGCUCCAGUAAGCAGGCUGUCUGGUAAUAAUUAUGAUGCACAAAAAAUGAUGAAUUAGUGAAAAAAUAAUUAUCAAUAUUUAUUUUUGUUUAAUAGGAAUCUCAGGUUAGAGAAAUAAAUGUUCAGAGAAAAUGGCAGCUCCUGAUUGACUCUUACUGUAAAUAUCAAUCAUAAUAGUGUAGGGGAGAAUGGAUUCGGUUUCAAGAACUUGACACUGGUCAUUGUGAACAUGAUGGGGUGCAUUGUGCAUCCAGCCUUUGGAAUUACCAAGCAAGUUCAUUUGAUACUCGAUGACUCAUGGAUACUCAAUGUUUUUAUGUUUUGAAAAAGCUUUGUUAUUGGGAAAAAAUAUGUAUUUCAUUUUGAAUCUAAUAUCUAGUCUAAUUUCUUGCAUAAUUUAUUUCUAAAGUUCCAUGUGGUAUUUCCUGUACACAUGCUACUCUUCAAUGCUCUUGAAACUCGUAUUUCACAUUGCAACACUCCAAUGUCCUCCUGGGUACCCAAUAAGUUCUUGAAACUGGCGCUCAGCCCAUUGAGGGUAAAGGGAAGAAACAACACUCCUCAGUUCAAGUCUGGAGACUUCUACUUGUGGUAGUGGCCAGUUAAUGAAAGAAGAGAUUGCUCUUGGGGUAUAUAAUAUGGUGGUUGCCCAGAGAGUAAGUUUUAUCUGGCUUAAUGCAUCUUGGACAACCAUUUCUACAGUAAUGAGGCUUAUAGGUCAGUCUCUUCUUAAUUUAUGUUAAUGAUAUCGAUGAUGGGCUCACUUGCAAAGUAUCAAAAUUUGCUGAUGACACAAAAAUUGCUAGUAAAGUAACUGCGACACUCGACGAAGAAGCUUUACAAUCAGAUAUAGAUCGACUUGCACGUUGGGCCAAUCAAUGGCAAAUGAAAUUUAACGUUGACAAAUGUAAAGUGUUGCACAUCGGGAAAAAUAACAAUCGCGUUCGGUACGUAAUGAAUGGCCAACAACUUUCUGCAGUAAGUAAAGAAAAGGAUCUUGGAAUCACUAUAUCAAGCGAUUUAAAGCCCGGUCAGCAUUGUUCAGAGGUAGUUAAAACUGCAAACAAAUUGGUUGGCUUCAUCGGACGAGUCUUUAAUAAUAAAUCCGAAAAAGUAAUAUUAAAACUGUAUAAUUCGUUGGUCUAGAGUACUGUGUACAGUUUUGGUCUCCCUACUACAGAAAAGACAUAGAAAAGUUGGAACGGAAUUUCUCAACCUAGGAAUCAUCUUUGUUACUCUUCGUAACAAAGAUGAUUCCUAGGUUGAGAAAUUUGUCAUAUGAACAAAGGCUUAAAGAAGUAAAUUUGUUCAGCCUAUCAAAACAAAGAAUGCGAGGCGAUCUAAUAGAAGUGUUUAAAAUGUUCAAAGGAUUCAGUGAUAUUAAUGCGGAAGAUUACUUUACAAUUGAUCGAUCAAAUAGAACAAGAAGAAAUCACAAUUUGAAGAUAAGUGGUAAAAGAUUCUCGGCGCACGAAGCUAAACACUUCUUCAAUCGAGUUGUUAAUGUUUGGAACUCUCUACCUUGUGAUGUCGUUGAUAGUACAACAGUUACGGCCUUCAAGAAUAGAUUAGACAAGUGUUUUGAAUCCAACCAGCAAGUAAGAUAUUAUUCAUUGUCGUAAUAACGUUAAGUUCUUUCGAAUACUGGUGUCCUUGUCCGCUUUUAUCGCCCGGUUAGUGGUAGCAGUAAUGGUAGUUCUUUCCUCUUUCCUACAUAAAUUCCAUGCAGUUUUUCCAUGCUGCAUGGUUCUUUUUCCUUUCCUGCCAGCUUUGGCUGGAGGGAUGGGGGGGUGGGGAGGAGCCUUCGCCUUUGCUGUCCUUCAUCUUCCACCUUUGAUUAGAUAGUUAGUGUAGCUUGUCACAAACAACCUCGUAAGGACCAGCAGGUCUGCUGUUGUUUGUUCUUCCUUUGUGUUCCUUUGUGUAUGUGCAGUCUUCAGGUUCUCUAUAGCACUCAGCUGUUCUUUACCAGGUGUUGGGUGGUGACUGAUGACUGCAUCAUAUUUGUGAAUGCUUUGUAAUCUUAUAGCAUAGUAGCUAGUUUUUAUUUAUUUUAGGUUGACAUGUAUGACAAAUAACUUAUCUCAGCCUUACAAGACUGCAUCAAAUUUGUGAAUGCUUUGUAAUCUUAUAGCAUAGUAGCUAGUUUUUAUUUAUUUUUGGUUGACAUGUAUGACAAAUAACUUAUCUCAGCCUAUUAUAAGGCUGUGGGCAUUCAGGUACCUCAUGCAGAAGACAAACAAUGGUAUGAGUUAUAGUGCAUUCCAUCAAGAGUUAUGUGAUGUGUGUCCUUAUCAUUUUAGGUUAAUGUCUGAUAUCAAGAAGCUGCGGGUUAAUGUCAGCACCACCGACCA